AUGGUGGGACGAGAAGGACGUCCAGUCAGCUGUCCUUGCUCCAUCCCACGGAAACUGCGAUGGUGCUCAAGGCCAGAGCGACUUGGGCGGCCAGAUGUGCGAGUUGCAGCGGCUUCGCAGCAGUCGCGAUUCCGUCCGUUGGCAGCGGAGCCGAGAUCUGUUGCCGGGAAGGUCCUUGCUGAUGGUGAAGCUUCAAGGAACACAGACGACAAGGGCAACGGCCAUGGCCACGUGACCUUCUCUGCAUGGCGCCGACCCUCCUUGCGCCAGCUACGUGAGUUCAGCCUGCAGGGGGUGAAAUUCUAUGCCUUCACCGUUCCACACGAGAACACCAUACAGGUGGCAGUGUGGAGACAACUUGGUGAUGUGGUAGCAGCAGGAUACAGGUCUUCCUUCGAUUCCUCUUUGCCGAUUUUGGUGAAAGUGGUGGCUCCGGAAGACUCACUUAGUCCUGGGAGGAUAGCGGCGCGGAUUGGACCCCUAGCAGACCUCUACCAGCGGAAACCCUUUGACAGGAAGACUUGGGUCUAUUGGGAAUCCUUCUGGGUGCCAGGCAAAGUGGGAAAGAUGUGCCUGAAGCCCUUGGAAGCGCAGUCUUCCGUAGUGCUGUACGCUGGACAGGUGCCACGGCCACGUCAUUCUGCAGCAGUGUCAACUCAGGACCUUGCAGCACUUGAAUCGAAGGCCCACGCCUUUGCUGACAUCUACCGCAGGGGAGUCUGGCCUGGAAUUUGUUCCCGGUCUGGACCUGGGUCUGAUCCCUUCCAUCCCAUGGCGCGCAUUGCCAUCACAGCAUUGGACAUGGCUGUGGAUCUGUUGGAAGCCACCUCGAUGCUGGAUGCUGCUUGUGGCGAUGCCGCCUGGAUUGCAUGUGGAUUCCUUUCGAGAAGACCUGAGGUCAAGUACACUGGAGUGGACAUCGUGGAGCAUGUCAUUGAGGAAAACCGGCAGAAAUUUCCGGCAUUGAGGUUCAUGGCCGCAGACUUCAGCCGAGAGACUUCGCUGCCAGCCACGGACUUUGUCUUCUCCAAGGAGACAUUAAACCACAUGUUCCUGGAUGAUGCUGUGCGAGCCCUGCACGUGCUACAAUCUUCUGGAACGAGAUACCUGGUGACGAACAUCCACCGUGGCGCGCCAAAUCAACUGGGUGAAACAAAAGGUCAUCAUGCACACUAUGCCCCGUAUGACUAUUCCCUGCCGCCCUUCAAUUUGAGGCAGACAAAUUGA